AUUUAUUCGUGGUCAUCGCAUAUGACAUGUAUGCUGUUUGUUUCUCACUGGAGUGACGAUGGUGCGACAGACCCGAUUUUGACGCGACGAACAUAGGGAACAAGAAGCCAUGCUGUUUCUCUUCCUUAUAGACACCAGCGCGUCUAUGAACCAGCAUACAGCCUGUGGGUUGAGUUUGCUGGAUGUUGCCAAAAGCGCUGUGGAAUAUUUUUUCAAAAAAAGGGCUUGCGAUCAAGCUGUUCGAAGUGACACUUACUUUUUGGUCACAUGUGAAGAGGAUUUGAAUGCAAUCAAGGUUGGAUGGAAGGAUUCCCUUUCGGCUAAUGCCUUUUUACAGGAAGUCAAAAAUUUGGAAGCUUACGAUUUGAGCGACAUCAGAUCAGCUCUGAAAAAAAGCUUUGACCUUUUGAAUAUGUACCACCUCAGUAACAACUCGUUUAAUAACAAAGACCACUACGCACAAGGUCGUUAUCCGUGGGAAAUCGAGCCUACUGCAAUCAUCGUUUUGUCAGAUUCUGGCGCAUUCUGCGACAAGAAUGGGACGUACGAAGAACUGGAGUUGGAUACCAGUCAUAUUGAGAGCGAAUUGUGGUUAGAGCCGUUUCGAUGGGAGCAGCACGUGUACGGCAUUUCAGUUCGCUUCCCGGGCGUUGAGUGCGUGCCGUCAAAUGGGGGUGCAACAAGGGGCAGUAGGGAGUCGAGUACAUCCACUAUUUCGUCUAUAUGCGAAAUGACAGGCGGAAGUUACACACAAGUCGCUAAUAUGAAGCAGCUGUACCUCGCUACCGAUUCGAUUCUUGCGAAGUGUGCUAGUAACGCGAGUUUUGGCGUCAGCGUAUCAUUUGAACCCAUCGUACAGCACCAGGAUAGUUCUACUUGUCCGCCACCUACGGUGCGUGGCCGGUCUAUCUAUGUGCGGCCGGGCUCGCCUGGGAAUUGGCCAUUGCCGGAGGAUUAUUCAGUGACUGCCAACAUGACCAAAACACCUCCUCGCCACGUACAUCCCUGUAUUCAGUAUCGCUCUACUCCCGUGAACCAGACGGUGCAUCCUAAGGAUUUCCCGGUUGACGUCUACGUACUGGAAAGUUCUCCCUUAACAGAGUGGAUUCUCAGUCGCACGCUGAACUGGAACAUGGUCUAUGAAUGCUCGAUUGUGCCUAACAAUGAUCUGGUUUGUUCGUCGCUGCACGUCCCGCCAUUUGGCUAUUUGAAACCAUACAGCGACCAAAACAUUGUGUGUUUGCAUGUGUUGGCAUAUAACUACCCUAUGUUGCUUUCUCUAUUUAAUCACGCCCACCAGAGCGACACGUCCAGAUGGAAGGCGGAGUUUGAGCGGUACAUUAACUCGACGCCUCCUUACUACAUCCCUUUUAUUCGUUCCGCGCUGAGAAGGUUGGAGAUGGGAGGCACCCGAUCUUCUAUCUCUGCUUCCAGUCUGAUAUCGGACAAGUUAGUCGCCAGCUGCGAAUUACCGUACACUAUUCUCGAGUGGAUAAACGGCGUGCGCAAGCUGGCCUUCAACGAAACUAGUCUCUUCGAGUCCGCUUUGGCUAGCCAGCGAAAGAAGGCCAGCAAUCGCGCUAGACAGUCUGAGCAGUAUGAAACAAAGUUCAAUCUAAACAAUUUGAACGUUUUUGAGCUCUCCAGGUCUCAACUGUUUGAGUCACUUGACCAGAUGCGGACGAACCUCUUUUCGUCGGCUCACGCAGAUACGUUGCUCAAGAAACGGACACUGGACGAUGAAGCAAAACAUCGCGUUCCAAUCGGUGAAAUGGGCGAUUAUCAGUCUCAUCUGAUGAAAAAAAAACCUGGACUGAGAACUGUUGAAGACAAGGACAUGGGACCCAUGCACUCCAGAAUGACACCUUUGAAAAAGAAUAACCAGAAAAUAGAUUUCGUUGACGAAGCAGACAUGCCGUGGAAGAGUGAAACAUCGUCUACGACAAACGCGGGAAUGGAAACAAGAUCAAGAAAGCUUAAACUUGAGUACAUCCGAAGAAGGCAACAGGAGGACCUUUUAAGGUCAAAGAACCCAACUGAUUCUCAACCGAUGGCCUCAAAUGAAGAAGUCGCGUUUGAGAACGAAAUCACGACGAUUGGACUAAGAGAAACGGACCUCUCUACUCCAUCCCAGAGCAGCGACGAAGGAGUUGCUUCUUCAAAAGUCCAGAAAAACUCUCAACCUCUUGCUGACCAUGACGACCAAAUUGGCGUUCGUGACUCUCUCGAACCGAAGCCUUCCGCUUUGAAUGUUCAGCGCGUUCCCCCGUCCUUGACGCCCGCGGAAAACAGACUGGAGAUGCUAAAGAUGCACCGCCACAACAACGCCUUGAAGCUGGAUGCUCUGAAGGCCAUCCGACGACCUGUACAAGUCGAUUUGAUAGGGCUUAGAAAAUGCAUUGAAUCAAUACAAGGUGGCGAAGUCCAGCGAAAAAUGUUCAUUUACUCACUCUCGGUCUUUGGCCAGCGAUACAAGCGAGACGUAAUAGGCUUGCUGAAGACUUCGCAAAAAUCAAGAUAAUAGUCCUUUUAUAGAGGGAGAAGGACGUUUCGCAAUUUUGAGCCUCUUCGUCCAGAAUUAAAGUUUGUGUAUGUACAAAGGAUUUA